CCCAGCCGGUCCGACCGGCCUCGGCAACGCGCGCGGGGCGCCGGGCUGGGCGACUGAGGGGUGCAGGGAAGGGAGCCUCCAGGAGCCUGCUUGGGCGGGAAGAGGAGCGCAGGGCCGCGGAGGAGAAGGAUGGGAGCGAGACCUCGCUGAGGCCAGCGGGGGGCCACUGGCUGGGAUCGACGACAUGUGUCUGCGCAUGGGUGGCCUGAAUGUGGAUGAGUUCCGAAAGGUGCUGAUGAAGACGGGUCUGGUGCUGGUAGUGCUGGGCCAUGUGAGCUUCAUCGCAGCCGCCGUGCUCCAUGGCACCAUGCUGCGCUUCGUAGCCACCACCAGUGAUGCUGUGGUUCUACAGUACUGCGUGGUCGACAUCCUCUCCGUCACCUCUGCCAUUGUGGUCAUCGUUGCGGGAAUUUCGGCUGUCGUCUUGUCACGCUACCUCCCCAGCACCCCCUUGCGCUGGACCGUGUUUAGCUUGAGUGUAGCCUGUGCUCUUCUCUCCCUGACCUGUGCCCUCGGACUCCUGGCCUCCAUUGCUGUGACCUUUACCACCAAAGGCAGGGCACUAUUGGCAGCCUGUACUUUCGAGAACCCUGAACUCCCAACGCUGGCACCUGACUGUCCUUUUGACCCUACUCGGAUUUACAGCUCUAGCCUGUGCCUCUGGGCCAUCUCUCUCAUAUUCUGUCUGGCGGAGAGCAUGUCUGCUGUGCGCUGUGCCCAGCUCAUGCAUCGACUACUGGAAGUGAGGCCCUGGUGGGGGAAGAGUUGCCACCACACAAUACAAGCAAGCCCAGAGCCCCUGGAUGGCCAUGACCUACUGAGCUGCGCCAGUUCUUGCAGCUGACCCUCUGACACCUCAGCAUCGCCAUGGCUACUGAGGCAUGUGACCGCGCCUGCGCUGACCAGUGCCCAGACAGCCGUGGAAGCUUGGCUGGAUCCAGGAUUCUUAGAGCAAGGCCAAGAAAGAUCAGUCAGACUCCUGGAGGUGUGGGAGAGCGCCCUCCCCUGGCCAGCAAGCACAAUGCACUGAAACAAGACUUUAUUUUGAAGUUAUUAAAAAGAACAAAGAUGCUC